AUGAAUGAAUUGAACAAAGAAAAGGAAGCAGAAGCAGUAGAUUAUACUGUGAGGGCCUUAAAUUUCAAUCAAAAAGAAAAUUCAUUAGCAAGAGCCUCUCAUAAGAAAGUUUCUAUUUGGGAUUGGGCUGCAAGGAAAAAGCGUUGUUGCAUUCCAAAUGGCCAUAACAGCCUUGAUGAUGCCAAAUGGCUGCCUUUAGAUGUAGAAAAUUUUAUGGUCACUUCUGGUUCCGAAGCUUAUAUACAUAAUAUGCGUUUAUUAGAUCUUGAAUACAACUCAUCGAGCCAGUUGAUGAACUAUGAUUCAUUAUUUCAUCCGACCCGUAUAUAUCAGACAAAUGUCUGUGCAUUGGCUGUGCAUCCUGAAAUACCCUAUGUCGUGUUUUCUGCUUAUAACGAUUCGAUUUUGUCCAUGGAUAUCCGGGAGGAUACACCAAAAUUGCUUGAUAUAAAGAGCCUCGGAAAUGGUAGAAUAAGAAGUAUACAUUGUAAUCCUUCUAAUAGUUAUGAAUUUUGUGUCGGCGGUGAUUUUCCCUGCGUAAGGGUGUAUGAUCAGCGAAAUAUUUCGAAACCACUUUAUCAAUUGUGGACCACCAAGUAUAACAAGGUGAUUGAUCAUCGUUGCUUAGGUCAUCCCCAUAUUCCUAUCCUUGCAACGGCAAGUUCUCGUAAGUCCAAUGUCCUGAUAUGGAUGCCUUCGAGCAAUGAAGAUCCAAUAAAAUCAUCAUUUAAGACUUAUCUUCAUGAAGAUUUGUACAACUUAUUAAAUAAUUCUACCGACAAUGACCAGAGACGGUUUGACGUAUUUGUGGUCCAUGGGCUAAUGUUAAGACGGAACCACCUUCAUUCAUAA